UAGCUAAAAGCUGAUAGCGAUGGGAUUGUUGAUGUUGGACAGAUAUCUAGUAUCGGCCUGGAAUUAGGCGGCUGUGUACCCAUGAGACCCUUGGUAAUGGCUGCCGAUAUUCAACUCGGGAAGCAGAAGGCCAGUCAGAUCAACGCUGCUCUUAUCUAAAUUACGGGCAAAGAGUCCGAAACAAUGUGCAGUGGUUGUUUAGCCGGCAAUGGGAAGUUUAUCGGUGGCAUCGUACCUUUACGUGCAGAUCACCAAGAAGUGACAGGGUUUGCAUGUGCCAACCAUUACUAUGAAGGUCAUGGGAAGCACUGUUCAAUCCGGAGUCGAGAUCCAGGUAUGCAUGUUCAGGCGUCAAGAGUUGUGCGCCAUAUCCCAAUCAUUAGCUUUUCCACCAGUGGGAUCAGUUACUACCUACUCGCAAUAGGCGAGGAUAUACAUUUCAUCCCCCCCAACCCAGCUAAACAGCAAGAAAUUGUGAAGUCAAUCGAAUUGUUUGAAGAUACACUUGUUGGUUUCAUAAAACAGCUGGGUUUGGAUGAGGAGCAAUUCGAUAGUGGUCCUACGCGCUAUCGGUUUAGCGUUCACGAGAGGUCGAACGGGGGCCAAGUUGGACCUCCUUGGUAUCGUGCAAUGUAUACAAUGCAGCAUGUAUUAAUGAUGUUCGUCGUCAACGACUACCGAAUAUGGGGGAGGCGGGCAAAGCCAUAUGGGCGGUAUGCACUUUGCCUAGGGUUGGAUGAGUUGCAGAAACAAAUGCUCGCAGUUGAGCAAGUGUUCAAAAACCCUGCGGACACCUAAAUACCGGUUGUAGUAUAAGCGGAGGGUACCUAGUUAUAAUCGAAAAUAACAGCAACCCCAAUUAGGUAUAUCUGAACCGGGAGGUUGAGGCCU